AUUUAAUCAGGGAUUAAUUUACGUGUUACACCUAAUGGCAGCUUUUUACUCGUUGUCUUUUCUCGCUACUGCCUCUACCAAUUUGUUAUGGUGUCACACAUCAUUAUAUUUUCCUUGAUUCUGUAAUUAUCAAUACUAAUUAUUGCAUUGGAUUAUUGUGCUCCAACCUCAAUGGAGAAACUGUUCUCAUGUGAAAUAUGUGAAAAGGAAUUCUCUGAAAUUUUGAAGCAACAUACUCUUGGUCAUGGCCGUGAAAGUGUGCUGAAAGUGGAACAUGAGAAUCCUCCUGAUACAAACGAUGUUAAUUCUAUUGUGAAUAACACCAAAAUAAACACUGUAAAUGAAUGUCUCCAGCCUGAAAUGCAAGAACAUGAUAAAAGUGAACUGGUUGAUGCCGACAAUCAUAUAGCCAUUGUAACAGUGACAGAGAGAGAUGGAGCAGAUCAACUUGAAAAUUAUGAUCAGCAACAGCAGUUGGAAACUUUCAAAAAUAGUAAUGUCUUUGACACGAAUGAAUCUAACAAUACUUGUAUUGGCAACCCAACUUAUGAGCAUUCACUACAGCUUGAAGAAGCUGAUAUCAGAACCGGUGAGGGUUUGGACAACAGUGAUAAACUUGAGUUAUCAAAUCCAUCAGAUUUAGAGCAAGAAGAAGAAUGUUGUGGUACAAUUGCAUACAAUUGUGAAACAGAUAAUGAAAUAGUAACUGAAGGCAAUGUCUGCCAGGAAACUCUUAAUUUAGCCACACAUCUUAUUCAGUUAUCCAGUAGUAACCCAGUGACACAAACAAACAGUGGUUAUACUGUAAGUAAGCCAUACAUGUGCAGUUUAUGCCAUAAGUGUUUCAGUCGCAACUAUCAUCUAAAAAUGCAUUCCCUUACUCACUCGGGGCUAAAACCAUUUUCUUGUUUCACCUGUUCAAAAUCUUUUUCUCGCAGUUCUGACUUAAAACGCCAUUUAGCAACUCACACAGGGGUCAAACCCUUCGGCUGUACCCUCUGUCAAAAAUAUUUUUCUCGUUCUUCGGAUUUACGUCGUCAUACUGCAACCCACAGUGGUGAACGGCCACAUUCAUGUCAAGUAUGUCAGAAAGCCUUUACCCGCAGCUCAGAUCUUCACAGACACAGUCAAACACACACAGGAAUCAAACCUCAUGCCUGCCAAAUAUGUGGUAAAGCUUUCUCUACAGCCACUCACCUCAAAAGACACACUACAACACACACUACAGAACAGAAAGCUUUCAAUGUGACCAUUGUAAGCAAUCUGACAUCAAAGUGCAUCACUUAAAUUCUUAUCUACUCUUUUAUACAAAUUGCAACCCUGCAAGCAACACUGAUACAAACCUUAUCUCAGUGCCUCAUGUUGAAAAGAAACAGCAAGUUUUGUUGAAGUAAAUUAUUUAUUUAUUAGGAACUUAUAAUUACAACCAUUUUUCUUUCAUUUUUUUUUAACCUGUUUUUUUUUUAUAUAUUUUCUUUCUUGUUUUUGUUUCUGUGAUGCUACAAUCUCUAAUGUGUAACUUUUCUCUGUAUUAUUUCUGUCAAUUGUUAUUUGUCCGGCCAUAAUUAUCGAGAUGUGAUAAGUCCACUGAUAGGAAGAGCCGAGUUAUGGUUGGAGAUUCAGAGAAAUUAUUAUGAAGAAAUCAAUUAAUCAAUCUAAAGAUCAAUCAACUUCUGUAAGCACCUCAAAAGGAAACAUUUUGCAAUAGAUUUGCAUUCAAAAAAUAUUCUAUGAUGAUUGGCAGGAAUUGGCAAAUUGGACUCAGUUAAUAGAAACAGGUUUUUUUUUUAUUAUUAUUAAUCUUGAUGCUAAUGAUGAUGAUGAAGGCUGGAAGCAAAUAACGUAAGAAGAAAGAUUAUCUGAGACUCAACACAGUAUUUAUGGAUUUAUCAUUGUUUAUUCAUGCCAUGGUCAUCUAUUUCCCCUUUCGUACCGUUUAAAUACCAGCAAUAUAACCAGGUUGAUCUAGUUUACUUCAAUACGGUCUCCAGACACAAUGAAUUGUUAUUAAUGCAGAGUGAGUGGCACAAUGUGACAGUAGCUACUCACUGAAUUUCACAGUAUAUUGACAGCUACUCUUUAAGCUGAUCCCCAUCUGCAAUUUAAUAAUAUAUCUUCCCCCUCCCCCUAUUUUAUAAUAUAUUUGUAUAUUUCUAUACUCCUCCCUCUGUUUUAUAAUAUAUAACCUUUAUAUCCACCUACUCUAUCUUAUACAUUUCUAUGU